ACACAAAAAAACAUAAAAACAAAAACACAAGUGUAUCUCCCCAAGGAGGCGAAAAUCCAGCCGUGGAAACUCUACGGUCUGCGCACGCGAGGUUUGUCCCGUAACCGAUCAAUACGCACAUAUUUAUACCGGAACACGAAGCGGCUGCUCGAGAGUUCGACACUCCGAGUCUUACAGGAUUCACGUCGAGGAUAAAGCGAGGGGUCGAGCCGCUGGUUUUUCGUUGUUUGGGAGCAUCCUACCGCGGUCGGUUAUCGGAUUUCGUUAAACGUAUGAGAGAAUAAGCGAGAGAGAAAAGAGAGAAAAGAAAAGAAAUACGGAAGAGAGAAGAGUAUAGAGUAAAUAAACUCGUUAUAAUAGUAAUAAGAGAAAAGUUGAAAGAAAAGAAAGGAAAGAAAGAGAAAAGAAAAAGUUUGUUGACGUGAUCCCAGACAAGUGAAGGACCCCCCCGCCCCCCCGCCCCCCCGGCCAGAAUGACAUGUGACGAGAAAGGCGUUCCUAAUGGAAAGACACCUCCUGCGGACGCGAAGGACGUCGUUCUCGAGGACACCGCGACGCCUCCUUCAGCGCCGGCCAAAGAGGAGUCCAAGAAGGACGCCAAGGACCCUGCCAAGGACCCUGCUAAGGACUCUGCCAAGGACUCUGCCAAGGACUCUACCAAGGACUCUGCCAAGGACCCUGCCAAGGACCCUGCCAAGGACCCUGCCAAGGACCCAGCCAAGGACUCUGCCAAGGACUCUGCCAAGGACUCUGCCAAGGACCCACCCAAGGACCCUGCCAAGGACCCUGCCAAGGACCCUGCCAAAGACCCUGCCAAGGAGGAUACCAAGAAAGAUACCAAAGAACCUGCUAAGGAACCAGUCAAAGAUCCUGCCAAAGACCCUGCCAAGGACCCUGUCAAGGACACUGCCAAAGACCCUGCCAAAGACCCUGCCAAGGACACAGUCAAGGACACUAUCAAGGACUCUGCCAAGGACCCUAUCAAGGACUCCGGCAAAGACCCUGCCAAGGAGCCCGCGAAGGACCCUGCCAAAGAGCCUCUGAAGGACGAGAAGGACACGGCCGCUGCCAUUCCCAGCGCGGACUCUGCUCCUGUGAAGAGUGGAGAUGCAGGUGAUAAAUUCCAGGUAAGAUGAUCUAUUGAGAAAAAAAAAAAAAACGUGCAUUUUGGAUGUUAAUUGCAUUGUC